AUGCCGUCCGGCGCAGGAAAAGAAAAAAAGACAGCUGCAGAACCACGUCGAGACACCGUGGCGACACCGUGGCGAACGUCGUGCCGGCAGUCCGCACCGAUUUCCACAUCCGCUGCUCGACCGGCCCGUGACCCUGCGACCCUUCGACCCUGCGACCCUGCGAGCUCGCUCGAAUGGUGCACGCUUGCCCCGCCCGCCCGUGUGAUUCUCUGGGUGUUGUGCCCCUCCCGAACGGCCCCAAGCCGAAAGCCGUGCCGAUUCUACCUGCCUUCCGAGCGUGCGUCUGUUGUCGCUUGGCUAGCCCAGCCCAGCGAACGAAGCGUGGAUUCCCACCCUCACACGCCGCACACGUCAACGUGGCCCGCUCGCGAUCGUCUCUGCGCGCUUCCACGCCACACCCAUCCCAAAGCGCGCUUCAGAAUCCUGUUCAAGCGGGCACCAGCCUUGUACGGUGUUCAAGGGGACAAGCCGACUUUGCGGACCUGCAUCGCCGUUGCCAAGGUCGCUCGGUUCAACCUUGAGUUUCUCAGAGUUCUCCCUCCGUACGCUUCUCCCUUCCGCCCUCCUUUCAUUCCUUCACCUCCCCUGCCUCUCCCUGCCGCCCUCCUCCUCAUGCUCAUCCGCAUCCGUGCGCCACACCUUCCACGGCAUCGGAACGUCGCCGCAUCGGAACCUCGCCGUCGCAUCGGCAUCCAGCCAGAGCUUACCGAAGCUUCAAGCUUUCAUUCACGCGCCCCUUGGCUAGCCACUUCGGUGUCAACUCCGAUCCUGACGCAUCCUCAGGCACCCUUCUCGAUCCUCCGCAUUCGAUCUCAUCCAAGCUCUCGACACCGAGCCGAAGCAGAUCAAGACGACGGCUGCGCAAAACUUCCACCGCUGCCGCUGGCCCCCACCUUCUUCUUCUCCUGUUCCCCCUCCUCUUCCUCGGUGGCUCCACCGCACCGGCCUUCAACAGCCAAUCCGAUAAAAAGACCCAAGUCUCGAGGGCCUCGCGACGUCCCUGUCCACUACGCAUCGCCUUGUCGCCCGUUCUUCUGUCCGGUCGUGAUCAUCCGUUCGAUCGCACACCACAGCUACUGUCUUGACCGUCUCGCCUCGACACCUUCCGACACUGCUCCGUUCGUGCUUGCCGUCGUCGCAAGUCUGCAACUUUACGCCUUUGCAGCGUUUUCAUCUCGAUACCCUGUCGACGUUCCUCACCUUCUCCUUCUGCGCCCACUUGCCCACCCCUUUCGACCAUCGCACAGUCACCACACAAACUACGUUGUCGACACCAAACACAACGACGAGGUGCUCGACGCCGAGAGCCUCCGGCAGAUCGCACGGCGCAAAGAGCAGAACCGCAACGCCCAACGUCGGCUCAGGGAGCGCAAAGAGGAAUACACGAUGCAGCUCGAGGCGCAGCUCACCGACUUGCAUCGUCGUGCACAAAGCCAAGAGGAAGAGUCUCAAUUUCUCCGAGAGGCGCUUGCCCGCAUGCGUGCCGAUAACAUCAAGUUGGUCGAGCAGAUCUCCUUAAUCCACCCAGCCGUCCCAUCCACCCAGACCACACAUCCUCUGCCUCAGCGUGCACCAGUCGAUCUCGGAGUCGAUCUCUUCGCUCCCAAUGCACCGUUGGAUCGCGGCCGAAACCGAUCCCAGAGUGUCACGGCCACUGCCAUGCAGAACUUGGGCUUAGGUCCCGCACCGGCGCCGUGGUCGCUGACUUCUUCGCAGCACCCUCUGCACGCCACGCAUCCUGUCUUUGCCUCGACCAUUGCACCUGGCUCCACGCAUCGCGUCCCGCUCGCAAGCAACACGUCGAUGGCGGGUGCGCCGCCCUUUGCUAGUGGACUCGCCUUGCCGUCGAUGACCGACUCGGCGGACGAUAGCAUGCCUCGAUCCGAAGACGCCAGUCGCCGGAGCUCGUUUACGCCCCUCUCGCAUCGCCGGAGCAGCACGCUGCUCAGUCCCUUUGACGUUCGCGGGAACCUCUCGCGCCACGGCAGCGAUAUGACCGAGCUUACCGUACCGCCCGACCAUUCGGAUUCCGAGAAUGGAGGCUCUUCGAGAAAGAUCCAGCGCGCCUACCACGCGUCGAAUCUAGUCAGCGCACCUACGGCGCCGUCUUCUUCUACGCUUGCUUCUGCUGCCAUCGCAUCGUCGGAAGGGACUGCGGGAGCGGCAGCCAGCAGCGACAAGAUGGACGUUGGCACUUCGAGUGCAGCGCCAGAUUCGGACGAGGUGAUGGCGAGCUGCCUGGACAGCAUCCACUCGAUGCCAUACGGCACGCUCGAGGAAUCCAAGCCUUCGGCAGCAGAGCCAACGCCGUCCAAGAUGCAGUACGACGGUGGUGGGUCCUGGAUGUCGACGGCCCCCGAAAUGCCUGGCCAGCUGGCACUCUCCGAACUUCGCCACACCGACAUGUCUGGCUUGUCCAAGCCCAUGGGUAUCACCCCGGGCGCGCUCGGUCUGUCCAACAUCAGCGCGAUGGGCGGCAGCGGUGCUUCGGGCGAUGGAUGGACGAUUUCGCCGUGGAUCAACAUGAGCCAGACGCCCUCGGCGGCCGGCGCGGGUGUCGAUGCAGAGUCGGGCGCUGCUCGGCUGCAUGGCGAUGGCCAGCGCCUCGAUGCGGGUAUGGAGUUUGGCGACAGACAGUCGCUCGCUGCUCGCCGCGGGUUCUCUGGUAGCCUGGAGCUGGAGACGCCCACACUGUGA